CAGUAUAAUUAAGGACUGCUACCAGUUAGCUUCGAUGAACUUGUUAAAGAUUACAUUCAAGUUAUCUGUUACGACUUUAGUAAGAAAAUAGUGUUUUUUUAAUAUAAUUUAACAAAGUAAAUUUUAUUCUGUACGAAAAAAAGCAAUUUAUAUCAUAGACAAUCAGGAUCAAUCAGAAUGGCAUCGCAUUAUUCCGGACCGAUGUACACAGCGUUGAGUGCUGUCGCUCAAAGAGUUGGCAACUUUGGUGGUUUUGGUGGUUUCAAUAAUCAAACAGUGGUAGAUAAGGCACCACCCGAAAUUCAUCAUAUGAUUGAUCCUUAUUGGUAUCAAUUCCCUCCGAUGAAUCCUCUUUGGUACGGAAUUCUCGGAUUUGUGAUCGGAUGUCUUGGUUUUAUCUCAGUGAUUGGCAAUGGAAUGGUCGUCUAUAUUUUUGCUAGUACAAAAUCUCUCCGUACUCCGAGUAAUCUUCUUGUCAUCAAUCUUGCAUUCUCAGACUUUUGCAUGAUGUUUACCAUGUCACCUCCAAUGGUAAUCAACUGCUACUACGAAACCUGGAUCUUUGGGCCUCUUAUGUGCGAAAUCUAUGCUCUAUGUGGAUCUAUAUUUGGAUGUACAUCUAUUUGGUCUAUGUGCAUGAUAGCUUUCGACCGCUACAACGUUAUCGUUAAAGGUUUAUCUGCUAAACCCAUGACAAUAAAUGGUUCACUUCUUAGGAUACUAGGUAUAUGGCUUAUGGCAUCAAUUUGGACAUUUGCACCAAUGAUAGGCUGGAAUCGAUAUGUUCCCGAAGGUAAUCUUACAGCAUGCGGUACCGACUAUUUCACUAAAGAUUGGCUAUCAAGAUCUUAUAUAAUUGUCUAUAGUUUUUUCGUCUAUUUCUUGCCUCUGAUACUGAUUUGCUAUAGUUAUUAUUUUAUAAUCAAAGCUGUAUCUGAACAUGAAAGAAAUAUGAGAGAACAGGCAAAGAAAAUGAAUGUAGCCUCUCUCAGACAAAAUGAUGCACAGAGCACUGAAAACAAAUUAGCGAAGGUAGCUCUGAUGACUAUAUCUCUGUGGUUUAUGGCAUGGACUCCAUAUUUAGUAAUCAAUUAUGCUGGUAUUUUUGAAAUAGCUAAACUGACGCCUCUUUUCACCAUUUGGGGAUCAGUAUUUGCUAAAGCAAAUGCUGUUUAUAAUCCUAUAGUUUAUGGCAUCAGCCAUCCUAAAUACAGAGCAGCAUUAUUUCAGAGAUUUCCUUCUUUGUCUUGUGCCGGAGAACAAGCGUCAGCUUCCGAUGCAGUUUCUACGACAUCAGGUGUUACAACACUCACUGAUCAUGACAAGUCAAACGUAUAAAUUAGCAAUUCAAUUCGAAUAUUCUAAAUUUUAUGAAUUAAAUUGAAAUAUUAGCUUGGAAACUCAAAACAAUUAAUAAAAAUAUUACGGCAGUAUGAUGCUAAUGCUUAUAAGGUGAUCAUAAACAGCAGCUUCAUUGAGCUAGGUGCAGAAUAUUUUUAAGUUUUAGUUUAAAUUAUGGUAAAUUAUCAAGGAAAUCACUUUAAAUAAUUAUAUCCUUUUUCAAAACUGACUAUUUUCAAAUAUCAGAUAGUUAAUUGUACGUAUUUUUGAAAUGUAAAAUUUACUAUAUUAUAUUAUAGUAAUUUUAUUAAGAAAUAUGUCACUUCUGAAUUCGUAACCUGCAAAAAAUUUAAUUUGUCUUCAUAUACAAGUAAAGUAUAAAUUAAAUCAAUCUUUUUGUGGCAAAAUCUUGCCACAUAUUUGAUACAUAUAAAAAAAAGUAUCAGUUAAAAAAUAUUAGGAAAAUUUAAGUUAGUUUUAAAAUGAUACGACUAUUAAGUUAAUUUUUUAUUUCAUGAUAUAUAAUGAAAUCAUCAUCAUAUAAAUAUGUUGUCUUUCGUGUAUCACCACGACACGGAACAUUUGAGAAUAUAUAGUCGGAAAUGUAAAUUAACAUUUAUAAUAUGACAGAAUAUCUUAAGGUGGUUCAAUAUUUUAACAAAUAUUAAUAUAAGUCAACAUAUACUUUUAGGUAUAUGUAGAAAACAUAUCAUUUAUUAAUAAUAUAUGUACUUUACAUUUUGACUUUAUUUAGUAAAAUAAAGCUUAUAAACAUUUGAAACU